GCCAAGCUGAGGCCUGCAUCACAUGGUCACUGCUGACAGCCAGAGCUCCUAGAAGCAGACACCUGGAUGUCCUGUGACCAAGACCAGUAUCAGCCAGCCUGGAUGCCCUGAAGAACUGAAACAAAAAUGCUCAGAGGCACUGCAGCUGAUGUCAUGGGGACUGCUGGUAGCAAGGACUGUGUCCCUGCCACAGACAGGGACAGGUUCGUAAAGGCUGUCCUCAAGUGUAUGCUGGACACACUGAGCAGUGCGGAUCUGCACCAACUCCUGACUGAAGGUGCUGCCUGGAAGAUGCUGGUGGAGACGACUCAUUUGACCAGGAAGGAGGCCAAUGCUGUGCGUAAGGCUCUGAUUGAGACGACUGAGUUUGAGGCGAGGGAGAGGUUCCUGAAUGCAUUUCCUCACGUGAAAAAGGAGCUGGAGGAGAGCAUAGCCAAGCUCUAUGCCCUUGCCAAGAAGGUUGACAAGGUACACAAAGACUGCACCAUCACCAAGGUGGUGGCCAGCUCCAGCAGUGCCAUCUCUAGCAUCCUCAACAUCCUUGGUAUGGCUUUGGCACCUGUGACCGCUGGUGGCAGUCUGGUGCUGUCAGCCACUGGGCUGGGGCUGGGAGCAGCGGCUGCUGUGACUGGUGUUUCUGCCAGAAUUGUAGACCACUCCUACAAGUCUUCUGUGAAAGCUAAAGCCAAGUGUGUGCUGUCGAGCAGAGUGGACCCAGUGGAGGAGGUUGUCCAGGGUGUGGCUCAGGCCAUGCCCAAUGUUGUUUCUGCAACCACUAAGUGCAUGCAAGCCUUCCAAGGCAUUGAGAAGAUCAUCUAUGCCAUGAAAGUGGGCGUUUCCCAUCCUCAGUUAUUAGCUAAUGCCAAGCCCCUCAUGAAUGCUGGCAAAAUCUCACUCCAAUACGGCAAGCAGCUUCCAAAAGCGCUUGGAGGCACCACUGUAGCAAUGUCCAAUGUGGCCUGGAUCACAGGUGCAGCAACUGCAGGUGUUGUUCUUCUGCUGGAUGUGUACAGCCUUGUGCAAGACUCAGUGCAUUUGCACAGGGGAGCCAAGACAGAGUCAGCUACAGAGCUGCGGCAGCAGGCCCAGGAUCUGGAGAGAAAGUUGGAGGAGCUCACCCAGGUCCAUGAGACUCUGCAGCAGGACCUAAGUGGUGCUCUUCUCAAGCAAUGCAGAGCUCAGGGGAAAGGUACAUUUCAAAUACCUGGACAAAGAUAGGAAAUGCUGUAGGUGUAAAAGAGGGUGAUAUCAAGUCGACGCAACUUAAAGCGAUUUGACACAGAUCUCAGAGAGCUUGUUUCUCUGCUGUUCAUAGUCUGCCAUCUUCCCAGAAAUUGGAAGUACCCUGACCUUGCUGCAGCCACCUUGAGUCCUAACUGAGAGCUUCAUCCCUCAGAAAACUUUGCCUUUUUUGCCUGCCUUAUUACUCUCCAAAGUGCAGAUAAACAGAACCUUUGUUUAGUAUCUGGGAUUUGGCUACCAGAUCCGAAUGCUAUAAGUUCCAGGAAUAUGCGUGUUAUUUAGCUGUUAUUUUGUUGCCAGCAUGAGAGAAGCCAGGGACAUUUGAGCUUGCACAGUCUCCCUCUGGCAAAGCUUAGGAGGAUCCAGCAGUCUUGCUUCUGCCCUUGAUUGAGGUUCUGCACAGACACUCCAUAAAGGUGACACUCUAAUUCUGCAUCUUUUUGCAUCUUUCUUUAGUCUGACCACAUACUGUGCCUUUGGCACUUGGUUAAUUUGUACCUAAGUUUCAGGGAAUAAUCAGUUAACAUUUGCUAUAUGAGAACAUCAAACAGAAAGA